AUGGAUCAAAAUAAGUAUAUAGAAGUAAGAAUCCUCGAACCUCUUGCGGAAGCUCCGACAACCGAAUAUUUCAUAAAAACUUUAAGUACAAUUCACGAAUGUGACAGCCUGAAGGUCUCUCACUCGUGCGUUCAAAGCGACAACUCGUGCACGCAGAAAGAUGUCGCACAUUCCACGAACCUGAAGUCGAACAUCAGAAGCUUUCCGUCUUCCAAGCAGAAGCUGGAUUCGCUUAGGAACACGGACAAACCGCUCGAUAUCGAUUUGCUUUUGAGAUGUUACGCGCGUAAUUCGGACAUGGAGAAAUCGAUAAACAGAGUUCUGGACGAUCACGCCUGCAAGGACACAGAUCUCGCCCCGUUGAUCGAGCUGGGCGCUGUUUGCAAAAUUUGCGACUCGCUGGAAGAAUCGUCCUUUCGCGAUAUUCUAACCAAGUUGCAACUUACGAUGCGGCAGUGCAGCAACGAGAAGCUGGAACAGAUCCUCUCGAACGACCCCACGAUGAAAUUGUGCGAACACUGCGGAGUGAUAAGCUGCGCGAAGCCGCGGGACACUUCCGUCGAGCCGCGAAAAUCGCCGCUUAUGACCUCCUACUUUCUGAACACGCAGAUGUUUCCGGACGUGUCCAGCAGCGGCGGCGACGACGCGAAAACUUAUCGGCAAGUGAGGAAAAUUAAUUCUAGAAACGAGCAGGAGACGAAACGCGUUGGAAAGUACCGCAAUGGGCAGAAGAAUGGGAAUCGUUCGGAUAAAACAGAGCUACGGAAUUACGUUAGAAGUUCGCAAAUUAAAAAUUCCAAAGGAAUGGUUAAAGCGACGACUGGAAACCAAUCACAGGUAGAAACUAGCUCCAACUUUCAGGGAAAAGAUAAAGACAAAGACGGCGCCACUGCCGAUUUCGGAGUCGAUUGUGAGGGAAAGUUUGUAUCGAAAAAUAAGCUACGUAAGUGUAAAACAUCGUUAAGAAAUGACCAGCUAAAUUCCAACGAGUGCAACGAGAAAGUUUUAAGAGACAUACUGUACGAACAACCGGAAUCCGAUUUUCCUGACUCGAUACCACGAGAUUGUCAAUCUUUAAAUAACAGACAGUGCACAGAAAAUAAACAGAAUCAAUCAACGAACGUCGUUAACGAUGCGGCUCAGUUUGCUAAUGAAGUGACGUACUUGGCAAGAGACCGUGUGGAAUCGAUAGAGAGGAAGAGUAAAGAAUCGGUUUCGCAAUUGGAUGAAACAACGCGCGUACAUUCUAGAUAUUCUACUAAUAGGCGCAGUUUCGUUUUGCACGACAAACAAAAAUACAAUCCGCGUUUAAAUUCAGAGCUUUUAAUACGCGACAAAUCGAUGUCAUCGGAGAAUAAAAUCGAGAGAGAUAGAAUUGCAAACGUCGCCAGCAUCGAUUGUCAAAAUCAGCCGAUACAUUCGAGACACGUCGAAUCGGUUCAGAAUGUUAAACAGCUUGAGAGUCUUAGAUGCUUGAUGGAAGACGAUUCGUUAGAAAAUUGCAUCAAGGCAUCUGGCACGUUGGCACAGACUAAUGAAAGCAAUACCACGCUUGUUAGUUCCUCGUCUGCAGAGAACAUGAUACGCGAAUGGGUGAAAGUUCCGCAAAUUAGCGAGAGUACUGACGUACGAAACGAAACGUAUAAGAACGUGGAUUUGAAAUCUUCCGCGGUUGAUUCAAACGCGGAACCUCAGACAUUCUGGGAAAAUGAGAAAUCAGUUGACUGUUCGAAAAUAUUAACCGAUGGACAACGUGAUCUAGAAGAUGACAGCGCGAAGAAUCAAACGAAAAGCCGUCGUCGAAGUAAACAAACUAUAUCGAGUAUAAUCAGUGGCAGUUUCAAGCUUUGGAAUAGCAAAGACUCGAUAAAGGAUAAAGGAAGUGAGAAACGUUUUCGAAAGCAUUUGUUCGAAUCGUUUAAAAGUAUCAAAUCCACGAAGUUCAAAGAGUUAAGUGAAAACAGUAAAUCUCUAGAUUCAUCCGGAAAUAAUUUAUCCAACGGUGUUCACGAUAUUGCGAGGCGAAUCAUUUAUGACGAAUCGUCGUUAAAAAAUUUGAUAGACAACAGCGGAAAGAAGAUGGAGCACAUAUUGUCACGUUAUCAAAAAAUUCUGGAAACUACGGAGAAGAUGGAUUGGCGCAGCUUUCAACGAUUUGUCGAAAAUUUACACCCCGGCAAGAAAAACGUUUGGCGCGAUAUUUGCAAAAUUAUCGAUGAUAAAGUGAGAAGAAUAACCGACGAAGACGACGGCACUGCGGAGAUAUGUAUAGAGAUCACUUCCGUUCCCUCCCGAAAGGAAAAGAGACAAGAAAGAGGAACGUGCAGCAACGAGAUCGUGUUCGAGAUGGACAUAACACUCGGAGACGUCGAGAGGUAUCUCAGUAGACGACUACCUUCCAUCGAGAAAGAGCAGCUUGACACCCUUAAGAGAGCCAGUGAAGUUAUUAAAGUUGGAAAUGAUGACGUUUGUGAUAUUGGAGUGGCCUCUAAUCAACCUGAAUAA